AUGAUUAGCACGCUCUUAAUCCUGAUUGGGGGCUGGUAUGCGUGUUCUAUAACGCUGUCCAUCUACAACAAAUGGAUGUUCGAUCCAGAACUUGGGUUAAGCGUACCGUAUCCUAUUUUAGUGACGUCUUUCCACCAAUGGUUGCUGUUAGCGAUUUCCUGGGCGUACUUGAAGGUAAAUAGAAUUGAAUCAGCGGGAAAUGUCGGUUCAGAUGAAAAUUCGUGGAGGUUUUUUUGGAGGUAUAUCGUCCCAACAGCGCUUGCGUCUGCUGGAGACAUCGGGUUCAGUAAUGUGUCUUUCAAAUUUGUGGCUCUGUCUGUUUACACAAUUGUGAAAUCCUCAAGCAUAGCAUUUGUGCUCUUAUUCGGAUGUCUAUUCAAAACUGAAAAGUUCCGUUGGAGACUGAUGGCCAUUGUGCUGGUAAUGUUCAUCGGCGUAGCCAUGAUGAUAUACGAGCCCGACACGGGUAGCCAUAAAUCCAGCAGCGACCAUGCGGUGCUGGGGGUUCUAGCAGUGCUCGCGAGUAGCGCUCUUUCGGGCCUACGUUGGGUGUACACGCAACUGAUCUUGACGAAAGGGGAUUCAUCGUCAUUGCAGGCCGACAAUGGCAAAAAGAAGAGUCCCGUUGAGACCAUCUACCGCGUGGCUCCAGUUAUGGGUUUAGCUCUGCUGGUUAGCUCCUUGGUCAUUGAAAGACCGUUUCCCGACAUUUUCCGCUCGCAUUUGUUUUUGAUCGACGAGAAGGCAAACGUUGCUUCCAUAGCAAGAGGGAUAGUACUUCUUGGAUUUCCAGGAGCCCUAGUAUUUCUCAUGACCUUGUGUGAGUUUGGUAUUCUGCAGCGUGCCCACGUACUCACACUUUCCGUCGCGGGGGUCGUCAAAGAGCUUCUCACGAUUGCAGCCAGCAUGCUAAUCCUGCGCGAAAAGCUUGUCGGCUUCCGCAAUUGGCUUGGAAUGACUAUCAUACUCCUAGACGUAUUCUACUACAAUGCAUUUCGCUACCAUGAAAGAAGAAACACUGCAGUUCCUUCGGACGACCAGGAAUUUAACGCUUUUAUUCCAGAAUUUGAGUUGCAGCAUAGAGAACAGGAUUUGCAGCAUACAGAACAAGAGUCUCCAGCUAUCAACAGAAUCAAUCGAUAA